AUACGAUCAUCACCUUUUCAUUCUGUGUGUAUUCUAACUUGAAUUAGAACACUCCAUCAUUGAUUCUUAACCACAGAUUAUUCCUUGCUGACUCUUAGUUGAACAGAUAAAACGCACCAUUAGAUAAUUAACAACCCUGUGCUAUUCAUCAAUCAGUGGUUGAUACGAUUUGAAUAUCCUUGCCUUAUGAAUUCCUUAUCUAUUACUCUGGUAGCUGAAAAUUCUUCUACGGUCAACUUACUGAAUAAACUAUAUAAACCGGAGACCAAUCAUGGCACCUUUCACUUAAACCAUGGGUGUGCUAGUAUCCCAGCGCUUGUGAACCCAUCAAUAUCUCUUCAAACACAAGCCUUAUCAACUAAAACUCCCAAGGUUCUUCCGUUUAGAAACUUGAUUUUGGGGGAUGUGCAAAAUCGUUUGAAGCUACUUAUUAAAACUGUCAGCUCGAACAAAGAAUUACAUUUGAACUACAUUAUUAAUGAGGUCCAAGAUGCAAAUGAAACUGUCUCCGCCAUAAUCAAAAAUGCUGCGACCUUUAGUCUCAGGGAGAAGAUGCAGCUAACAAAAAUUAAUCGUUUAUCUGUCGCACUAUCUCUUCUCUUCAGAGAAAGGAUUGUUUUGAAAGAAAGUCUUCAAAAAUUGAACGAAUUAGAUCACUCUUUCCAACCUAUUUCCCCUGAUGAUAAAACCCCACCCCCCCAAAUAUCUCAUGCUUUGAGGAAAAAAAAUAUGAGCAAAGACCGAGUUGAAAAGCCAAGCCUGGAAGGACAUAGACUACCCCGACAGCUGGUACUUACGUUACAAAAGUGGUACGAAGAGAAUGUGGUCAAUCCGUAUCUUUAUGAGGACACAAUGCAAGCACUCGUCAGAGAAACGGGGUUGACAACAAAGCAAGUAAGAAACUGGGUUUCAAACAAGAGAAGGAAAGAAAAGGAUUUCAAAAUUUCUUCAAAAUUGACGAAUAUCCUCUAUUAGCAAUUAUUUUAUUCGUUUGAAUCAAUAAAGAAUUGAUACUUGGUCGUUAUAU